GGUGAGUUGAGUGUUGAGUGGAUGCGCUGUUCGCUGUCACUCACUAUUCACUCGUGAAUUACGUGAUUUACUACGUGGUAUUACCUCACAUCCUGCACCUAAUUUGAUACGAAUUGAUCAUUUUGCAAGGAGUACGAAUAAUGUAAUACCAGAAAUAGCUUUGUCAAAUUGUUUUCUGCCAUGGCUAAYCUUCAACCCCUACCUGAUAUUUCGACACCUCAAUACGGAGUUUGUCUCGACGGUGUCACGCAGAAUGUAAACCGUUGCGUUAUUUCAGAGGUAUCCUGCGAAACCGGAGCAGAAGUAUACAGUCCUCCUUACGAAAGCAACCAACCUUGCAAAACACCCAGCGAUGUGGUAAUAGGUCGCUGUGCAUCAUCGUUGGAUGACAACCGUUGUGGCCCUUCCUCAAUUUCCUGCGGAACAAAAUCUUCUUUCUACGAAUCAAUUGACUCUUCGUGUUCAUUACUAGUUGACAGCAAGAGCAGCAACGAGAAACUAUUUAAGCGCACGACCUUUCCCGCUUGUUGGGACUCCGAUGCGCAGUCGUGGCAGUGCGCACUCGAUGAACAGUACUGCCUUUCUCACGAAAACCUAAAAUAUUCCAAGUGGGCCGCCGAGUGGGGCCCCGACCCCUGCCACUGCGAAGAUGUUCCAACCGGAGUUUGCUAUCAAACGACAGGAUCUGUAGAUGACAACAACCUGACGCGGGAAAAUUCGUUCUGUGCUAUUUCGCCCGGGGAUUGUCCUAGCACGUACGGAUGGAURUCUGCCAGAGCUUUUUUGGGAUCGGAGCGCGCAACCUUUCAGUGUCGUUUUUGCAAAGAUCCAGAAGACAAGUAUUUUGAUUCAUACACGGCAGGAGCUUGYCGAAAAGAAAAUGAUUCUUCUCCAUCUUCUUAUACAUCGUGUGCGAUGGAAUCAAUCGACUGUCCGCCAGAAACUAAAUUUGUUUCUUCAGAGAGGCUCGCGAAGGAAGGUCUCCGCUGUCCCGCAGAACUGACACAGAAUUGGGGCGAAUGCAAAUCAGCGACCGAUCAAGUAGAGUGUACGAACAAAGCAGACUCUUGUCUCUACGACUUUCGUUUUGAAGCCGAUGGCUCGGGUUGCAACCUGUAUCAAAACAGCAAAACAGGCCUCCCAACAUAUUUUUCGUACUGUUCACCCCGAACCGACAACGAUGAUCGUGAUUGGAGAGAUAUUCGAUGCGUCUGGGACAAGUCGGAAUGCGAUUUGUCCAAGGAACGAUGGGAAGAAGCACGCCUACCCAACAAGGCCUGGUUUAGUGGGUGCCUCUGCGAAGACGUUCUUACUGGUGUUUGCAAGGAACCAUCAACUGGAGUAUAUCAUUGCGCUGUAUCGGCCAAGGCCUGUACUGAUCCGUCAUCCUACGUUCCACAACGCUUGCUGAAAGAGCGCAACAUCGAUUUGUCUUGUCCAUUGUGUGUCUCYCGCCAAUUGCAUACACCGGCUACUCCGAUGCCUGCCACUAGUCCACCUACAAUCGCACCUUCCCGAUCGAUUGGUCUUGGGUCAAAACCCCGACCAGCUAUCGAUUCCGUGUCACUUCAACCAACCCUUUCGAAGCCAACUCCAUCGCCUGAGACAAGUAGUUUUGCAAAUAAUAACAAAGAUUCAGGUAAAGGAGAGAAUCUAUCGUCGGGUCUUAUCGCGGGCAUCUCAGUCCUGGUGAUUCUAAUUGUUGUUAUUGUUAUAGAAGCCCCUUUUUUGGAGAAAUACCGACGAGGAAGAAUGAAUCAGGCACAAAAGCCAGAUUCGGCUGUCACAGAGGAAGUCGUAGAAGACGCAACCGAAGACCAAAAGGACGCCAGUGCUUCUAUCGACAUAGAUCACGACGCGGAGUUUGUAACUGCCUCGGUUCAGAUUACUUGAGAGGAGAGAGCUUUUUUUUUUGGUAAUUYGACUGCGUGACCAUGAUAAUUACAGUAUUUGAUGUCAUGUAAUACUACAGAUUCUUCCCCUUGCUGAUACAGCASGAAGAAAAAAUAAUUUUUUAUUUAMCCA